CCCUAGCUCCCUUCAAAUCUUAUAUAUUGCCUUCUCUCCUCUAGGGCCGCUCCAAGCGUAUUUGGAUACAUCGAAGGAGCGAUCUCUGCCGAAGCAGACAGACAAAUACACAGAAAAUGGAGGCAGCCAGAACAGUUAAGGACGUUUCCCCUCAUGACUUCGUCAAGGCUUACGCCGCCCAUCUCAAGCGCGUUCCGGCAAGAUCGAGCUUCCCCGUGGACUGAUAUUGUCAAGACUGGUAAGCCCAGGGCGCUUCCUCCCUAUUACCCUGAUUGGUACUAUAUCAGAGCUGCUUCCAUAGCAAGGAAGAUAUACUUGAGGGGAGGUCUUGGUGUCGGUGCCUUUAGGAGGAUUUAUGGAGGGUCUAAGAGAAAUGGAAGUUGCCCGCGACAUUUCUGCAAGAGCAGUGGAUCGGUUUCCCGUCACAUUCUUCAGCAAUUGCGGGAUGUGAACAUCAUUGAUAUCGAUCCUAAAGGUGGAAGGAGAAUCACGUCAAAUGGACAGCGUGAUCUGGACCAUGUAGCCGGAAGGAUUGCAGUUGCCAUCUGAUAACUUUCAGGAGAGCUGUUAUUGGAGGUUUUGUUUAUCAAUUUUCGUGUUGGUAUAACAAGUGUGUCUGUGAAUCGUUUUAAUUUAGUUUUGAGAAACAAUGUAGGGCGUGAUAACUUUGAUCAUGGUGAACCUUUGAAUUCCAAUGAAAUGUUGCAUCGUUAAGUAGCCC